UCCGGUCCUGGCUCUCCACCUGCUCUGCUGCCUGGGUUCGGGAACGCUCCGCCCUGGGGCACAGAACGAGCCAAUCAGGAUGAAGAAGAGCCGCAGUGUGCUGUCGGUAACUGGAGAAGAAGGUAAUGACACAGAUAUCACAGGUGCCGCGGAGAAGGCGGAGUCAUCGGGCUUCAGCCGAUCCUACACAUCUGGGGCCACUCUGGGGGCAGAGCUGCGCAGGGGGCGGAGCAGACGACUGUCAUCCAGUCUACAGGUGCCCUGCUGGCUCCGCCCAAGAGAUCGCACUCGUUCCCCUGAGGUUCUCAGCAACGUGUCACGCCCCACAACUCUUCCGCUUCAAAUCCCCCCCCGUAUCUCCAUCACAAACGCAGACGCUGACAGUUAUGAAGCAGAGAACGGCGUGUCACCGGGUCACAGCCCACUGGGGUCACAGAGCCCAGGCCUCACCCUGAACACCUCCUUCCCCCUGGGUCAGAGGAGGGAGUCCUUCCUCUACCGCUCCGACUCCGACUACGACAUGUCGCCAAAAACUGUCUCCAGGAACUCCUCUCUGGCCAGUGAGGGACACACGGGUGAGGACUUCAUCGUCACACCUUUUGCUCAGGUACUGGCCAGUCUACGGUCGGUGCGGAGCAACUUCACCAUCCUGGCUAAUGUGUCCACAACAGUCAAGAGGUCUCCACUGGGGGGGGUCUGCAUCAGUCCCAGGGCGUCACUCUCAGACCAGCAAUACCAACAACUCGCCCUGGACACUCUGGAGGAACUGGACUGGUGUCUGGACCAGCUGGAGACCAUCCAGACUCACCGCUCUGUCAGUGAAAUGGCCUCCAACAAAUUCAAGAGGAUGCUGAACAGAGAGCUGUCCCACCUGUCAGAGAUGAGCCGCUCCGGGAACCAGGUGUCGGAGUACAUCUCCAGCACCUUCCUGGACAAGCAGAACGAGGAGGAAAUCCCGUCACCGACCCUGAAAGACAAACCGAUGAGUCACAUCAGCGGGGUGAGGAAACUGUCUCACAGCUCCAGCCUCUCCAGCUCCUCCAUGCCUCGCUUUGGCGUCAACACAGACCAGGAGGACGAGCUCGCCAAGGAGCUGGAGGAUCUGAACAAGUGGAGCUUCAACAUCUUCAGAGUCGCAGAGUUCUCCAACAACCGGCCCCUCAGCUGCAUCAUGUACGCCAUCUUCCAGGUAAUCAACUCUGUCUGUACGUUUCGAAUCCCAGUCGACACUUUUGUCUCCUACGUGAUGACCUUGGAGGACCAUUACCAUGGAAACGUAGCCUAUCACAACAGCCUCCAUGCUGCAGAUGUCACCCAGUCCACACACGUCCUCCUCUCCACACCUGCUCUGGAUGCCGUCUUCACUGACCUGGAGAUCCUCGCCGCCCUGUUUGCCGCAGCCAUCCAUGACGUGGACCACCCCGGCGUCUCCAACCAGUUCCUCAUCAACACCAACUCGGAGCUGGCGCUCAUGUACAACGACGAGUCGGUUCUGGAGAACCAUCACCUGGCGGUGGGCUUCAAACUCCUCCACCAGGAAAACUGUGACAUUUUCCAGAACCUCACCAAAAGACAGCGGCAGAGUCUCCGCAAGCUCGUCAUCGACAUGGUCUUGGCCACGGACAUGUCCAAACACAUGACUCUGCUGGGCGAUCUGAAGACCAUGGUGGAGACGAAGAAGGUGACGAGCUCCGGAGUGCUGCUGCUGGACCACUACACCGAGAGGAUACAGGUGUUGAGAAACAUGGUUCACUGCGCCGACCUGAGCAACCCCACCAAGACGCUGCCGUUGUACCGACAGUGGACGGAGAGAAUCAUGGAGGAGUUCUUCCGACAGGGCGACAAAGAGCGGGAAAGAGGAAUGGAGAUCAGCGCCAUGUGCGACAAACACACGGCCUCGGUGGAGAAGAGCCAGGUGGGUUUCAUCGACUACAUCGUCCACCCGCUGUGGGAGACGUGGGCCGACCUGGUUCACCCCGACGCCCAGGAGCUCCUGGACACACUGGAGGAGAACAGGGACUGGUACCUGAACACCAUGCCCCAGUCUCCCUCUCCUCCCCCCGACAGACACCUUCAGCACGAUCGCUUCCAGUUCGAGAUCACGCUGGAGGACCUGGAACACAACAACCACGACGCCGUGUACGACAUGGACAAAACGCAGGGUGAGGAGGCGGGGCAGAACGGGGAGGAGCAGAACCACGUAGAAAAGGAAGAGGGUGAGGAAGAGGACGAGGAAGAGGAAGAGGAUGAGAAGAACCACAAGAGCAAACACAACGGAGUCCAGGAAGAGGAGGAGGAGGAGGAGGAAGAGCCUCCAGAAGGAGGGACGGAAGAAAAGGUUGAUGACGAGGUGGAAGAGGAGGAGGAGGAGGGUGAGGGUGAGGAAAAUGGAGGUGAGGAAGAACAUGAGCCGACACCUGAGGAGGAAACAGAGGACGUAGUGGAGGACGGUGAAAAUAAAGAAGAGGAGGAGGACGAUGGAGGAGAAGAAGACGGUGAUGAAGAAAAGGAGGACGAGGUUGAAGAAGAAAAAAAUGUAGAAGGGGAAGAAGAUGAUGAGGAACCUGCUGAGGAGGAAGGUGAAGAAGAAGGAACGCAGGAUGAAGACGUUGUGGAGAAUUUGGAAGAAGAGGAGGAAGAAAAUGGUGAGCAAGUAGGAGAGGAAACCCUGGAAGAGGAGAAAUGUGAGGAGGAGAAAUGUGAGGAGGGAGAAGACGAAGAGGAGGAGAAAUGUGAGGAGGGAGAAGACGAAGAGGAGGAGGUAGAAGAAGAGGUAAAUGUUGAGGAUGAAGUCGGGGAGGAAACCUAGAUGAACAUCAACCAAACUGAAGAUGCUGAAGAUCACGAGGAGCGUGAGGAAACCCAGAGUUAUGGAUGUCUCCUGAGAUCAGGUCUUUGAUGAACCUCAGACUGACAGCAGAACAACAGACAUGAAAACAAAAGGCCCACAGACCGGACUCUUCACGGCCGAGUGUCUGGACGUCCAUCACUGCCACGUGGGAUGAAGUGGAUCUGGAUCUGGAUCUG